AUGAGUGACAAAGGAUAUCAUAAGUUUGUGUUAAAUCCGAAGAAUGAUGGUCAAUGUUUGAAUAAAAACAAAAGAAAGCAUUCAUCGGAAGAUAGCCACGAAAAAAAGAAACAUUCAAAGAAAAAAUCGAAAAAAAACAAGAAGGAUAAAAAGUCUGCUAAGAAAGAAAAAAGAAAGGAUAAAAAAUACAAAAAUUCACAGGACGCCGACGACGCAGCAGCGAAGACUUCCCAGAAGGAUGCUUCGACGGGACCUGUUGAACAACAGAAAAAUUUUGCACCUAUGACGAAAGAAGAAUGGGACAAGCAACAAAGCGUCAUAAGAAGAGUUUAUGAUCCAGAAACCGGCAGAAAUAGGUUAAUCAAAGGCAGUGGUGAGAUCCUUGAAGAAAUCGUUUCUAAAGAACAACAUCAAAGAAUUAAUAAAGUUUGUCUGGCUAAUUAG